UAUGAAACACCUGCCUUAAAUAUUCAAUACAAUCUGUGAUGAUCAGACCUGAAUGCUGUCGUUAUCUUGAUAUCUAUGAGUAUUUAACCUGAAGUUGUACUGCAGGGUAACUCUGUCUCUCCCAACUAUCCUUACGGCAGGGUGGGACAUUCCCCAGGACCACCAUGAGGGAAUGUUUGUCAAUACACAUUGGGCAGGCUGGCUGCCAGAUGGGGAAUGCUUGCUGGGAGCUGUAUUGUCUAGAACAUGGAAUCCAACCAGACGGGAUGAUGCCUAGUGAUGCUAGCAUUGGGCAAGGAGAUGAUUCUUUCAACACGUUCUUCUCCGAGACCGGAUCUGGCAAACAUGUUCCCAGGGCAGUGUUCGUGGACUUGGAACCUACUGUGGUUGAUGAGGUAAGAGCAGGAACUUACAGACAGUUGUUCCAUCCGGAGCAGUUGAUAACAGGGAAGGAAGAUGCAGCUAACAACUACGCCAGGGGACAUUACACCAUAGGAAAGGAACAGAUUGAGGUGACAGUAGACCGUAUCAGGAAGAUGGCAGAAAACUGUACAGGCCUUCAAGGCUUCUUGGUUUUUCAUUCGUUUGGUGGAGGAACAGGAUCAGGGUUUGCUUCUCUUCUAAUGGAACGUCUCUCUGUUGAAUAUGGAAAGAAGUCCAAAUUAGGAUUUUCCAUUUAUCCAGCCCCUCAAGUUUCCACUGCUAUUGUUGAGCCAUAUAAUGCUAUCCUUUACACUCAUACAACCUUAGAGCAUUGUGACUGUGCUUUCUUAGUUGACAACCAGGCUAUCUAUGAUAUCUGCAGAACCAACCUUGACAUUACUCGGCCAUCAUACACAAAUCUUAACCGCCUUAUUGCUCAGAUUAUAUCUUCCAUAACAGCAUCACUGAGAUUUGAUGGAGCUCUGAAUGUUGAUCUAAAUGAAUUUCAGACAAACCUAGUUCCUUAUCCCAGAAUUCACUAUCCUUUGGCAACCUAUGCUCCAGUAGUAUCUGCUGAAAAGGCUAACCAUGAGAAGCUUGCUGUUGAUGAGAUCACAAAAAAAUGCUUUGAACCAAGCAACCAACUGGUAAAGUGUGAUCCAAGAAAAGGAAAGUAUAUGGCAGUGUGUUUGCUUUAUCGUGGAGAUGUUGUUCCAAAGGAUGUAAAUGCUGCAAUUGCUGCAAUAAAGAUAUCAAAAUCAAUCCAGUUUGUGGAUUGGUGUCCCACAGGGUUCAAAGUUGGGAUUAACUACCAACCUCCAACAGUGGUUCCUGGCGGGGAUCUAGCCAAGGUUCAUAGAGCAGUCUGUUGUCUCUCAAAUACCACUGCAAUAAUGGAAGCUUGGGCUAGACUUGAUCAUAAGUUUGAUCUAAUGUAUGCCAAGCGUGCUUUUGUUCAUUGGUAUGUUGGUGAGGGUAUGGAAGAGGGGGAAUUUGCUGAAGCUCGUGAAGACCUGGCUGCAUUAGAACUUGACUAUCAAGAGGUUGGAACAGAGAACUAUACAGAUGAUGAGGAAGGAGAAUACACUGGACAGUAUUCUUACACGUAAUGAUCAUCUUAUCUACUACUUUAUUGUAAUGUUUAACUCGCACAUUAAUCUAGUAUUUGUCGUACAAUUUAGCUUGUAAGGACUUAGGGUCAUGGAUGGAUAUAUAGGAUCAUAUUGUACUUAAGAUUUAAGGGAACUAGUUUUAAGGGACUUAGGUUUAAGGGAACUAGCUGUAAGGGACCUAGAUUUAAGGGAACUAGCUGUAAGGGACCUAGUUUUAAGGGAAUUUUCAAAUCACACACGGUUUGAAAUUAGUAAUACAUAUUUUCAGAAAGCAAUAAAAAGGUUGUAAAAAUGAUUAUUUUCUAAAUAUAAAUUCAAAAAAUG